AUUUUUUGUUAACUAAUUUAAAAAAAAAAAAACUCUAUUUCAAUUUUUGUAGGUAUAUAUUCUUUUCUCAUGUAAUUAAAAAUUAAAAAAAAAGCCUAAACCCUCUUUGCAACACAGAGGCCAGUUCCACCACUCAUCGUCUCUACCUCACCGCAUCGCACCAGCCACGGCGGAAACAGAGAAAUCACCGUUAAUCCCACCACCUCUUCCAUCCUCUGAACCACCGCUGAAACAUAUUACAUGCUCGUCGGAGAACUCUGAACUGUGCACUGUCAGAGGGUGGAAGGUGCGAUUUGGUGUGAAGAGACCAUAGUAAGGUUUGGUGAGACUACUUAAUCUAAUGCUGAGUAAUUACCAUCCCUAAAUUUUAUCAUCACCCAAUGCACCAUUUUGUAAAAAUUCGAUCUUUUUCAUGCUUUCAAACUCUCAAAAUCUUUCCUUUCUCAACCCAACAAAUGGGUAUGGCUUCAAUUGCUGAUACACUUUAUACCCAUCUCAAUAAAAACAAUGGCAUUAAUAUUGAGAAUUCAUUGUCCAAGACUAAACCCAAAUUGGACUCUCAAUGUGUUAUCCAAGUUCUUAGUAAGUGCUGUCCUAAACAAUCUGAGUUGGGUGUUAGGUUUUUUAUUUGGGCUGGAUUUCAACCUGGGUAUAGGCAUAGUGGUUAUAUGUAUAGGAAAGCUUGCAACUUGCUUGUGAUUGAUAAGAAUUCUCAUGUUAUUUGUAAUUUGAUUAAGUCUUAUGAGUCAGAAGGGUGUGUUGUUAAUGUUAAUAUGUUUAGGGAGGUUUUGAAGCUGUGUAAAGAGGCUCAGCUUGUUGAUUUGGCUUUGUGGGUGUUGAGGAAAAUGGAGGAUUUUGGUUUGCAACCGGAUACGGUGAUGUAUAAUGUAGUUAUAAGGUUGUUUUGCAAGAAGGGUGAUGUUGAAAUGGCGGAGAAGUUGAUGGGGGAGAUGAGUUUGAAUGAUCUUUGUCCGGAUUUGAUUACGUAUAUGACUAUGAUUGAGGGGUUGUGUAAUGCGGGUCGGUUGGAGGAAGCUUAUUCCAUGCUCAAGGUUAUGAGAGUUCAUGGUUGUUCACCUAAUUCGGUUGUUUUUUCGGCUAUUUUGGAUGGGUUAUGUAGGUGUGGAUCAAUGGAAAGGGCAUUGGAAUUGUUGGAUGAAAUGGAGAAAGGUGGGGAUUGUUGUCCUAAUGUUGUUACUUAUACAUCUUUGAUUCAAAGUUUCUGUAAGAGACGACAGUGGACGGAAGCGUUGAAUAUUCUUGAUAGAAUGAGAGCUUUUGGUUGCCUUGCUAAUCAUGUUACUGUUUUUACAUUGAUUGAGAGUCUUUGUACUGAAGGCCGUGUAGAAGAAGCAUACAAGUUGGUUGAUAGAUUUGUGGUCGAACAUUGUGUCUCACGUGGUGAUUGCUACAGUUCACUAGUGAUUUCUUUGAUAAGGAUAAAGAAACUUGAGGAAGCCAAGAAGCUCUUCAAGGAAAUGCUUGCUGGUGAGAUCAAACCCGACACUUUGGCGUCUAGCCUUUUGCUAAAGGAGUUUUGUUUGAAGGAUAGAGUACUUGAUGGAUUCUACUUGCUUGAUACAAUUGAGAAUAUGGGAUUCUUGUCUUCCAUCGACUCUGAUAUUUAUUCUAUUCUUUUAAUUGGCCUUUGUCGAAAAAACCACUUGACGGAGGCCACAAAGCUCGUGAAAAUAAUGCUGAAGAAAGCGGUUCCUCUAAGGCCUCCCUACAGAGACACUGCAGUUGACAUCCUAAGAAAAUACGGAGAAACAGAUCUUGUGAACCAGUUGACUGGUAUAAACAAGAAACUUUGAUAAUUUUGUUACAAAAGAGGUUGGGAAUUUUGAUAAUUUAUACCAGUCAACUUUGAUAGUUUUGGCCGCUUGGUGACUUGCUGGUCAAGGUUUGAAGAAGACGAUGGAAAAGUUUUGGUCUAUGGUGCCUCACCAUUACAUUAGUAGAGUUGCAACUUGCAAUAAGCAGGCUAAUCUAACGGUUAGUAAUAAUUGUCCAACCGGACCAAAUAUGACGGUGGUGUAUGGUAGAUGCUACAGUAGGUAGGUUAGUUUAUUGUCAUGUCAAAGAUUGUCUAACAAUGUACACAUGGAUAUAGUCUAGUUAGUCUAACGAACAUACUUCAGUUACAUCUCAGUUAAAUGAUGUGAUUCUGUUAGUCUUAUCUAUUUUUCUUCUUUUAGUUUAUAGAACAGGAUUGUGUUUCUUGUAUGAAUAUCAUUGUUACCAUCAUAAUACGGUGAAAUCUAAUUGUUUCAGUGAACUUCAUACAAAUUUCUCA